UUCUCUCCCGUUAAAGUAAAAGUAAAAAUUAAAUAAAUAAAGAGACCCAAAAAAGAAAAGCAAAAAGGGUCACUACUCACUACUCACUCAACAUUAUUUUUCAUUUGAUGAGAGGCUUAGUUAGUAGUUCCUUCCUUUAUGGCAAUAUAUUUGGAAGCUCUUCCUCACUAACUCACACACGCACCCCACUCUCAACAGACACCUUUUGCACUGCUUCUGCUACUACAAUUUAACCCAGCAUAUCUUGGCAAGGAAAACAAGAGACGAGAAAAAUCAGCAAAAAUGCAGCUGCCUUCUACGUCUUCAGCUCUUCUUUCACUACUGCUCUUCAUUUUGGCCUCUCUCUCCUCUACAAGUGGAGAACAGCUUAUUAUUGUUAAUAACUGCAAUGAAAGCGUAUGGCCUGGAGUGCUUGGAGGUGCAGGUCAUCCCACAAUGAAAGAUGGUGGUUUUCAUCUUGGGAGUGGAGAGGAAGUAGUUCUUGAUUUGCCAGAUAAAUGGUCAGGAAGGCUAUGGGGUAGGCAAGGAUGUUCUUUUGAUAACAAUGGGAAAGGCUCAUGUGACACUGGAGAUUGCUCUGGCUUACUUCACUGCCAAGGUACUGGCGGUGCACCCCCAGCUACCAUUGUGGAAAUGACCCUUGGAUCUUCUACCUCUCCAUUACAUUUCUACGAUGUCAGUUUGGUUGAUGGGUUUAAUUUGCCUGUUUCAAUGAAACCAGUUGGUGGUGGAAUUGGAUGCGGAGUAGCAUCAUGUGAGGUUGAUCUGAACAUUUGUUGCCCAUCUGCUCUUGAAAUGAAAAGCAAUGGUAAAAUUGUUGGGUGCAAAAGUGCUUGUUUGGCUAUGCAAUCAGCCAAGUAUUGCUGCACGGGGGAAUUUUCUAACCCCAAGACUUGCAAGCCUACCCUUUUUGCUCAUUUGUUUAAGGCCAUUUGCCCCAAGGCUUACAGUUAUGCUUUUGAUGACUCUUCUAGUCUUAACAAAUGCAGGGCUUCUCGGUAUGUCAUUACUUUCUGCCCUCCUAAAUGAUGAACCAAGGAAUUGGACUUGUUGACGAUAUGGGUUCUGUUAGCUAUCCUUUUGCUUCUCAUUUUCCUUUUUGGUCUGUCGAUCUGUAAUUAGAUGUUAAUUACAACAAAUAGUCCUCCUGCAAUGACUAUUUGUUAUAUGUUUUGGCAGUUAUAUCUAAGUCUUUAAAUAGAAUGAUAAAGCUUGAGCUUCUUGUUACUUA